UCGAGCAGUGGCUGUUGGGCACGGUGGGUGGCUUAGGUGUUUGUGCGCACGGUGUUUCUCGCUCCUCAUCCAUUUUUCACAUUACUCCGAAAACCGGAGAGACGACUGGGACCCGCCAUCUUAAGGAGCAUCCCUUCGCACAAUUCAUCCGAAAAAAAAUCGCCAACGGUGAUAAAAUAAUCGAGGAGUUGUCGCUCCACAACGCACGAGCUACUCAACUCAAUUGUCAAAGUAGCUGUCAUGUGGUUGUGUGGGUGAACGUUGUGCGUUGACGCGCCCGUAGCGUUCGUGGUGGCCGUCAGUUGAGUGUACAGUAGUAGUGUGCCGACGUCCUCGGCUUGGAGCGGGCAACGAGGGUGAAGUUAAUUGGUUUCAAUCCACAAAAAAAAAAAGCAAUAAGUACGCGAGUGUGUGUCAUUGGGAAGUCUAUUCGCACAAAAGGCAAGUGACAAAAGUAAUAAGGGGCCGGUGAAUUUUGAUCAGAUCGUUGAAUGGAGAGAGAGGAGUUCAGUGAUUAUUGCUUAUGCAUAUUGUUGUGAGUUUAACAAGUGAGUGACAGAAUACGGAGGAAAUUGUUGGCGUUGCCAAGCGCAAUAUACCAACGUCAGUGGCCCCCAAAAGGAACGGCUGUGGCGGUUGUAAUUGACAGGAAAGAUGGCGCAAGGCGCGGACGAGGAGUGUUGACCUAUUUCGUCGGUCCCCCCGUGGAGUGCUGAAAUUUGAAUUAUCAAUCUUGGUUAUUGGGUUGAUUAUUGCUGGAUUAUAAGCAUUGUCACUUGCUCGAUAAGGGUGGAUCACCUGGCGAUACUGUCGUCGUAGAGGAAUUUCGAGGGUCAUUCACAUUCUUUGGUACACUCCUUUGUUGUGGGAGUGUGAGUUUCUCGUUUGGAAAGUUAAUAAAAAAGCCGCAGAAAUUCUGAAAAAAUUUGAUAUCCGUGGAGCCCUAGCAGGCUCGAGCACGGGCGGAAAAAUGGGCAACAAUGCCGCAACGGCUAAUAAAAAGGUUGACGCUGCUGAGAGUGUCAAGGAAUUUCUUGAUCAGGCGAAGGAGGAAUUCGAGGAGAAGUGGAAGAGAAAUCCCACGAAUACAGCUAGUCUAGAUGAUUUUGAAAGAAUCAAGACACUGGGUACGGGGUCUUUUGGUAGAGUUAUGAUUGUACAGCACAAACCUGCCAAGGAGUAUUAUGCUAUGAAGAUACUCGAUAAACAGAAGGUGGUAAAGUUGAAGCAAGUUGAGCACACGUUGAAUGAGAAGAGAAUACUACAGGCUAUAAGUUUUCCAUUUCUUGUGUCACUGCGCUUUCAUUUUAAGGACAAUUCAAAUUUAUAUAUGGUGCUUGAGUAUGUACCUGGGGGUGAGAUGUUCAGUCACUUGAGAAAAGUCGGUCGUUUCUCCGAGCCACACUCACGUUUUUAUGCUGCUCAGAUUGUCCUUGCUUUUGAGUACCUACAUUAUCUCGAUCUUAUCUACAGGGAUUUGAAGCCUGAGAAUUUGUUGAUUGAUUCUCAGGGUUAUCUCAAGGUCACUGAUUUUGGUUUUGCCAAGAGGGUGAAGGGCAGGACGUGGACCCUGUGCGGUACACCAGAGUAUCUAGCACCUGAGAUUAUUCUCAGCAAGGGCUACAACAAGGCCGUUGAUUGGUGGGCACUUGGGGUAUUAGUCUAUGAAAUGGCUGCUGGUUAUCCACCAUUUUUUGCUGAUCAGCCAAUUCAAAUUUAUGAAAAAAUAGUCAGUGGUAAAGUGCGUUUUCCCUCUCAUUUUGGCUCAGAUCUCAAGGAGUUACUUCGUAAUUUACUGCAAGUCGAUCUUACCAAGAGGUAUGGCAAUUUGAAGGCCGGUGUUAAUGACAUCAAAGGACACAAGUGGUUUGCAAGUACCGAUUGGAUUGCGGUCUUCCAGAAGAGGAUUGAAGCGCCAUUUAUACCAAAGUGCAAGGGACCCGGGGAUACCAGUAAUUUCGAUGAUUACGAGGAGGAGCCACUUAGAAUCUCAGGUACGGAAAAAUGCGCCAAGGAGUUUGCCGAAUUUUGAAAUGGUUGAACACCAAGUAAUUUAAAAAAAUCAUAAAAAUCAUAAAAAAAUAACUUUCAAAAUGUAUGUAAGGAGAGGUUAUCGCACACGUCUCGAAAACUGAAAAAUCCGUUUUCCGAUGAAAAAAACAACAGGCGGAUUGUGGUCGAGUGACUGAUCCCCCCAAAAAAAUAUAUUCACAUACCGAGGAAGUUGAUUCAAGGAGAUCGUGGAUUGGUCGCUGUUGACGAACGCCGUUUCUGUUUUACACGAAACUCAAGAUAAAAUAAUAAUGAAAAAAAAACCCUCUUUACUGGAGCCACUCAUAAUAAUCGUAGCAAUGAGAACAAAAAACAAAUACUACCCAUGUUCCCCACACCAUUCCAGAUGUGUGUGUGUGAGAGUGUGUCAAAAUGAAGUCCAGCAGGUGUAUUCUCCGAGCUGCAGUGUCCAAUAAUUACGAGGGAGACUGUUCGUUGAAUAAUCAUCUAGCUGUGAUUUUAAUUUUUUAAUUCAAUUAGUUUCAACGAUGUUGUUUGAAAUGAACGUUGCCACACUAACUGUCCCAAUCAACUAGUCGUCAUCGUUUUCUCGACGAUCAAAAAUAGAAAAGAAAUCGAUGGUAAACAACGGCGUUAUCAUUCCCAAGAGGAUGCAAUCGGGGGAACGUUGACACGAGUGACGCGAAUGAAUCUCAAUAAAACCAGUCGUUUCGACAACAUAUUCACUGCAUGCGCGAGGAACGAUAAUCCCACACCAAAAAUGAGAUUAAGGAGGAAAAUGUCCAUUAACAGCAUCACGACUCCAAAAAUAGCAUCACUGGUGUCGGCAUGUCUAUGUUUAGUGGCACUCGUAGUUUUUUUUUCUUCUGUUCCCCUCGCACCGAGGGAUACCCUACGACAGUCCGUUUAAACUCUAAACUGGAGGAGUUUACCACAAAAUCAUCCCAUUUGAGAGAAUCCCGUCAUGAGCCUCUUCAGUCCAAGGUGAAGUACACGGAUAGUUCGUCAUUAUCCAUCGAUGGAGUGUAUCUUUGGUCUUCUCUUCAUUCGUUACGCAACAAACGUACUCCACAUGCCCCAGCAAUUAGUACGAGAGAGUGAACCGUACACGAUGAGAAAAUCCUUUUAUCUCUCUACCAGUCUUUGCAUCGUGGUGUCAAGGGCAUCACCAACAAAAAUGCAUAAAAUUCCUUCCCCGUGGAGUCCAAUGGGACCUUGAGUGUUUUAAAAUAAAAAAAAUAAUAAUAAUCCAGAGUUUUCGUGACGCCCCACCCCUCAACAGAGAGCGACUAAAUGAAAAAUGGGAGUGGUAGCGAAUGCUAUAUUUUCCAGCUUUGUAAGUGAGAAUAAUAUCCCUCUAGUGAACUUUUUAUUUAAAGAGUCAUAAAAACGUUAUUUCAUCGGUGAUCGAAUGCUGUGACUGUAGCGGUAAUUUUCUUUUAAUCAGACGUCAUAGGUAUUCCAUAAAUGAUUAACCGAGAGAAUGAUAAUUGUAUAUCCAGGGCAUUGUCACAAGACUAGCUGUAGGUCUCGUCCUCGACAUUAACAAAUGCAAUCUACAGGUCUCGAAGCAAACGUUAUAAUGAUUAUUUUAAUGAAGUCAUUGUUCAACAUGAAUGUGAAUGAUCGUAAUUUUAUUACUACAAUUACAGCAGUACAGAGAAUGGAUAACGGUAAUUGAGCGAAAUUCCCGAGUGUGGUGUGAUAGAGUAAAAAAAAAAGAAAAUAAUAAUUGAUGAGAGAAGUAACUUCUCGUUUUAGAUAACGUCUGUAUAAGUAGUGUAUCUUUCUCCCUACCUCAGGAACGCAUAUAUGCCAUUUCGUCUCUGAUUCUCUGCCCAAUAUUCAGAGUUAUCGCGCAAUCUCAUGUAUAUUUAUUUCCUCGAAAGAUUAUUGUCGUUUUUCCAAAGGAAAUAUGAAAUUGUCUCUUUGUUUUUUUUUUGCAUGCUAAAGGGAAAUUGAGAGACAGUAGUUUGGCAGAGUAUUAUAAUGAAGGAGGGCUAGCCUGACAAAAUAACUUGGCACCCAUUGUCCAUACAAUCUAGAAAUACCGGGUUUAUCCCCAUGCCGUUAUUUUAAGAACAACAUUAGCGGGUCUCGACGGUUCGCAGGCUUUUUUUUUUUCGAUGUAAUAAACGACUUUGGAAACAACCAGAACACGGGCACGCGCCUCUCACACCUUAAAUACUAAAAAAUUACGUAGAGACUCGUGUCUAACUAUUUAUUGUCGCUUUAAUUUAUUUUUUUUCUUCGCAAUGAGGGUGAGAAACUGCGCUUUCAAUUUAAUUCUAAAUUUUCAAUUGAUUGUCAAUGAUUCUGUGGAUCGAGAGCUGAAUCACAACGCUGAUUAGGCGCAGUAUCCUUAUCUCGUAACCUUGACUGUUAACAAUAGGAGCAAGUCAUUACUAAACAUGAUGUUUUUUUUUCUCUCGAAACUAUACGGAAUUGCGAUCGAGGCAGUAUUUGAUUGUGAUAUAGAGUGGGUCUGAAAAAUAACAGUUUUAUUAUGCAACCUCUCCCCUCGGCGAAUCGAAUCUCUCCGCGUUUAGCAGAGGUAGAGGAUCAGCGGAUUAAUUAUAGUAGCAUGUGUAAAAAAAAAUUUUUCUCCUUUACAAUCUGAUUAUCAAUAACUUGUUGCUCCUGUGCCUCUGGUCAGUUGAAUAAAUAGUCAAAUUUGGUUCUUUUAAUUUAUCGUUUGAACGAUCGAACUUGGCAAAUGCCAUCGAGCGGAUAGUAUCGGCGCAUUGAUAGAAUGAUUCAUUUCUUCCAAACGGAAUUAGUUAACAUAAACGAGUGAAUGUCUGUUAACAAUAACUCAUUCGCUCGAUCAGUGCGAGUAGUGAGGGAAUAUGAAAAUUAAGGAAAUCGAUGUCAACUCGUCUUUUUCAUUCCACUUUGAUGUCCAUAACGAUUUAAGAGAAAUAUCGGUGUGAAGACCAAUGAAUAGUCUCGGGGUGGAUGCAAUACCGUAAUAUCUGAACAAUAGAUUCACUUCAAUUCUUUUUCAACAAUAAAUAUGCCACGAUGAGUCAGGUGGAGGAGGGAGUUUUGAAAAUUCGAUGAUUGCAUUGAUGUGUUUUAUUUGGGCGGUGGUGAAGGGAAAUAAUAAAGAAUAAAAACUAAUAGAAAAAUGUAAACUUUAAAAAUACAAUAUCCGCUCGGUGUAAUCUUGGUGAGAUAAUCAUUGAAAUAAAUGUGAGGGUAUGCAACCAGUUUCAAAAUUUUUGUAAAUACGAAUUAUAUAUAAACUUAAUGGAGGCAUAUUACUAAGCGUCCACUCAGCGCUCUUUUACGGUGUAUUAGGAUGUAAAACAAUGAUGGAGAAAAUACAAAAAUAGGGGUAACGAUUUACGUUAAUUGUCUCUGCGUUUUUCGCACUGGGAUAACCAUUAGUGUCCGUCUCUCCCCUCCUUAAAUAUAACUCGGUCGGUUCAUCGUAGAGCUGUAUCUGGUCGUAACUGAAAAAAAAAAUUAAUAAAAUUGUACGAUUACGCAAGAAACGAUUCAAUUAUUUCGCGCUAUUGUACAUUGUUUCUGUGUUUUAUACAUACACAUCCGUAUAAAAGAGGAAAAAAUGUUUAAAUUUAGGUUCUAUUCGUGCGUAUUGAGCAGAGAUAUUAUAAAUAUUAAAUAUAAAUUAAAGAAAUAUAUAUUCUCGAUAAAGCAUGGCUUGUGUUGUCUCGAUUAAAAUUGUGAUUUUGAUGUUUAAUUUUUUUUUUCUCGUUGAUAUUGAGCUUCUUUUGUGCGAUCAGAUGUUUAUCUCAGAGGUCGCAGCCUGCUGGGGAUACAGUGGGGAGACGACCUGCUUUACAGGCGAGAUAAAUAAUCACUUGGUUAUUUGAGGCAAUGCUAGCCGUGUGUCAAUGUUGUUUUGUCUAUUUAUAGAAACGGGAUACUAUGGAGAUGAUUGAAGAGAAAUUAAUAAGAGAAAUCUCUGGAAAAAAAAGAGCGAAACAUCCAUUUAAUGUCAACCAUGUGUAUUUAUUAUUACGCGGCACCGUCGAGUGCCUCUUUAUUCGUUUUCUGUAGAUAACUGAAGUUUUCAUAAUUAAAUGUCUCCAGCUCGGUAAUUAGUUUCUUGUUUCAUCUUUAUUUCAUUAGAGCCUCCUCUUUAUCCUUUUUUCUGUUUCAAUGUUGCGAUUAAGUUGGUAUAAAUGUAUGUAUGAGAGACAGAGAGAGUGAGAGAACACGCGACGAAGUAAAAACGAUCAAUUAUUAGUUGAUUUCAUUCUUUGGGAAAGUCUCAUUUCUAUUCUCAGGAAUGUUGAUCAGUGGAAAAGGCAAUUCUCAAAAAUAGAUAUCAGUUGAAAAUGUCAGAUGAAGAUAUCUAUUCUCAAUUUUGGCUCUGUGCAGUGUAUAUUUUAUUCAUAACAUAAUGGCUUCAUAAAUGUGAAAUAUUUCCACUCGUCUUCGUGAGAGAUGAGUGGCAAUAUUUUAAAAAGUUAGUGGAUAUCGAGUCUGCAAUAAUCUGAUUUCUAAAAGCGUUUUCCAUCGACCCGGCUAAUUUAAUUAUCCAUGCUGGUGUGUUCUUCCACCUAGUUUGUUCAAUCAAUAGUGCCAAGCGCUAGGUAUUUCGGUCGAGCCGGGUAGACGAGCCCCUUGUAGGAGGGUAAAAACUUGUCUUGUGUUACCUUUCGUCCCUUCUGUCCUGUUGGUUAUAAAAUUGAGCGUACAUGAAGGAUGCAAACAAAAAAAAAUAUUGUAUCGCGAUUCAUUGUCAACUUUUCACGUGUAUUUAAUGCCAUUUUAGUUGGACAAUAAUGGGUGGGUUAUAAUUGCCCAUGAAGCCUGCCGUUGGCACGUGUCCUUUGUCUCUUGCGACAUUCAACGAAAGCAAUUACCUCUGUCAUGAGAUGCUUACAUCGAGAUCGCUUGUAACACUUGAAUCAACUAAAGGAUGAAUUUGGUCCGCAAAUAGAGAUUUACGGAAAUAAUUGCUAUCAGCUAGGGGGAUUAUGUACUCAAUACAGAAGGGGUUUGGUUGUUCAAUCUUUCAGAGAUUAGAAAAGUCGACCCUUCUUUCUGCAGUUGAGUCUGUAAUCAAAUUCGAGUGCGUAAAGACCAACAGCUUUCUACUUUGCUAGUGUCAAUCGGCCUCUUGAAAAUCAACUCAAUAGAUCAGUUGACAUUGGACAUUGGACAUUGCUGAUCAUUCACUAAAAAAAUACUAGAAAGCUUAUACCGGUGGAACUAAACUAAAGAAAGCUUUCGGACCGUAAAUAGAAAUUUGUGGGAAUAAUCGUUAUGAAGUGACGGGGUUAUGCACUGAAUGGUAGACAAGUUUAGUUGUCCAACUGCGUAACAAUGACGAAAGUCGCCUCUUCCGUCGGUUAUUGACUUAAUACUGGAAUUUGUCUGCAUAACUAUCGAUAGCUACAGAGACGAUCAUAUACUAAAACAAAAUUACUGGAAUAAAGUUAUUUCUUGUAUGAAAAGCCACAUCAAGUUCGCUUGUAACCCUGAAGUUUAUUAAAGGAUAAAUUUGGUCUGCGAAUAGAUAUUUAUCGGAACAGUCGUGAUGAACUAACGCGGUUAUGUACUGAAGAACAGGGGAGUUUGGUUGUUCAACUGGAUAGCGAUUAUGAAAGUCGACUGUUUUGUUCACAACAGAGUUUAUACUGAAAUUCGCUUGCGUAAAUAUUAAUAGCCUCACACUUUUCCGCUAUCGACUUGCCUUUGCAAAUAAAAGCGACAGAUAAUUUGCUUGCGAAAACUCCAUUAAUCGAAGUCAGACCGUGUUCUCGGAUGAUCAAAUACUAGUUCUAGGGAAAUUGUGCAAAGUUCAACCUGAGACUGUGCAAUUAAUCGAUUUCUCGGUGAUGACUUCUCUAUUAGAGAAGCGAUAGGAUUGUUUGAGCAAAGAAGCUCGCAGCUUCAUUUAUCCGUGACUAAAGUUGGAAACAGCUGUGGCCUCAGGAUUAAAGGAAUUGGGGAUAAGGUGAUACAGACGGGCCAACGAUUUUCCAUUAGUCUCAUUGUAUUUUUACCUUCAUGUCUUGAUGUCAGAAGUGAAUGAGAAAUAACAGAACCAAAUAGUUUCGCUGAUAAGGUGUGUAAUGCAUCAAGGUCGCUCUUAUUCGUUUCUAGUUGCAUCGAGUUACAUUUACCAGGAAUCCCUCUCAGCCAUUCUAUCCGUCAAAUGAAAAGAAAACCGGAGGAAUGAGAGAGAUUCAUCACGCGAAGUUGUUGAGUUGAUUGCAAUUAGUUUUGAUAAAUUGGUGACAAGUAUUUUUCAAAAUAAUUUCACCCUUGUCUAUUUCAUCUUGAGCUUCAGUAGCUUUCACUGAGACUUUAAUAAUUGCGCGAAUUUUCGCGAUGAAAAUUCUCAUUGAUUCCCUCACUUUAAAAGUAACCACGAGAGCCACCGAGAACCGCCAUUUUUUAACAAAUUGUAGCCCUUUCUUUUUUCUCGCUUCCGGCAUAUUUCACCACAUUCGUGUUAAUAAACUCUGCGACAGUCCGACGACUGCAAAUAUUUGUUUAGUACGCACGCCCCAGGGGGUGUUUUUAUUCGAGCGAUAAGUUGACCAUAUGUUGAACACACUCCAUUGACGCAAUUGCGUGCGUAACGUUUAUAUCGUACGACAUCUUACGUUGCCUCGUGCAGUUUUUUUUUUGCUUUUUAGCGUUUGCGAGCGGCUGAAUCUACAGUGAAAUUAUUUUGUUACUGAAUAAUCGCGCCAAUUUAAAAAAAAAAUUCACAGAACACUUCGCUGUUUUAUGUUCCCGUUAACACGUCAUCGAUUAUUUAUUCCCAUAUCUGAAUGUCAACUAAUAGAAUAACUGAUUCCAUGAACUAUUUGAUCUUAAAUUGCAUUGGAAUUCCCAAUAAUCAGAAUUCAUAUCAUUAUCAUAAAAUUGCUGACAGUGCAUGAUGAUGGAACCGCCGUUUCAAUGGGAAUUUCUGAAUCAAGUUUCACGAUUAAUUAAUCGGUGUGAAUACUAUUGUUUGAAACGUGGAGUUAUAAUUUAUUAUGUUGAUUAAAAAAUCUGCGAUUAUAUGGAAUACAUGGGUGUAGCUUUGAUGUCCUUGUGUAACGGUUCUCCACAAGCUCAUUCGCGUAAUGAGUCAUUACUGAAUACUUUGAAGAUUAAAAAACAAAAUACAAGUUCCCAAGUUCAACCAACAAUACUCGUCACUGAAUGCACGAGUGAAUUUCGGUUUUCAAAGGAGGGGAUUAUAUUACGGUACUAAAAUUGAUCCACUAAUUAUUUGGUAAUAUCAUCAACGCUUGCUCGAUGCUUGGGGAUAUAGUAGUCCUCAAUGUAACCAAUUUACCCUGGAUUUUGUAUUUCCAUGCCUUUAUUCGGUGAAAUACGGCAUUCAUCAUGGGCUUCAAAUGCGAUAAUUUCACCUGUAUUUGUAUUAAAAAAUUCCGAGUGGAUGAGAGAAAUAUGAGGAGGAAAUUCAAUUGCAGGCUUUGAACACCGCGUAAUCAAUUGAUCGCACGUAUUAGGUGACAAACAUACGCAGAUAGGGUAAAAUACACGAAUUAUGAAUCGCCAACACGUGCUUGACAUUUCGGGUUCACCGGGUCGAGUUCACACCACAAUAUCAAAUUAUUUCUCUGGGAAAAUUCCCCUGGAUUAACCCCUGAUUAAGAUGAUUAUCCGUACACCGAGGGGGAAAAAUAUUUCUUCGGCCGAGUUCUUUUUGGAUUUUCGUGACUGUUUUUUUUUGUGACAAAAAUAGAGUUAGUUCUUUCGAAGAAUUUAUGUCCUCUGCAAACAAGGAAUGCCACUUCAUUAUUCAAUGCUCCUAUACGGAGGGUAUUUUUUCCCUUCGGUUAUUCGAUAAUAAUAGGUGAGAAAUGAAGCCUCAAUUAAAUGAUAAUGAAGAUAAGCUAGCGAUUUCAUAAUUCAGGGAUAAAUAAUUUUUUUAUCGACCAAAUGAUCCACCGAAUAUUCAACUAUUGUUGAGAUCAAUUUUUCGGGUUUAAAACUUUCAAAUUAAAAUUAAAUGGCCACGUUUUUGGUCAAAUUCGACCAUCGAUUUUUUGAGUGAGACUUAGAACUUUUCCAGGAAUCCCUGAAAUGCUUAUUAAAUUCAACGAGAGCUGAUUUCCAAUUCAUUGAAAUUCAUCGCGUGAAGAGUUGACAAGGCUAAUCAGUCUUCGAACCGGAAUUACAUUCGAUGUUGUUCCCUUCCGGGCGAUCUCAACCCGGGUCAACGUCUGGCGAAGGCUGUGCCAGUCCACUUGCCGAGUCCUUGAUACAGAGUGCGUGGCAUGAUUGAACAUACAGCCGAUGUCGAUUGAACAAUGCUGAUAGAAGAGAACAAAAAAUAGAUACGAAGGGCCUUGGUCCGGUCCAAUGCCAUUAUAUUCGACUAGUUCUUUCGUCACGACCCUGACUACACGCCCUUAGAACCAUUCGUCAUAAUUUUUUUGGUGAUACGCUGAUGGUUUUUCUAAACUCGUUGAAUUGAAUUCAAUGCCAAACGAACAGUCAUUAGUUGGUUUUUCUCUUCUCUAUGCUGGCUGUGUAUAUUCCAUGGAAUACAAUUGUUCGUAUUAUUUAAUUGCAAAUCGAGGCAGUGGCAAUUUAUUUAAAAUCAUAUUCGAACGCGAGGGGGACGAUAACUAUUUUAUUUUCAUUAGUGUGUACACGAGGUGCAUUGUAGUCUUGGAAAUUUAAUUAAAUUCGGCGCGUGGUGAACGAGGGAUUGGGCUGACUGUGACGCGAGUGAUUAAAAAAAAUGUAAUUAUAUUAUGUAUAUCAUUGUUAUGUGUUUAAAAUGAAGAGGAAACAAAUACAAUUAUCAAAGAAUCUCUGUGGCGCGAUAAGAGGUUGGACUGAAUAGAAAUUAUUUAGGAGAGUGGUAAAAAAAAAAUGGAGUGAAAUGGUGGAGGAGAGGUUGGCCGUCGGUCGUUUGAAUCUCGUUUGGGCUUUUACCAGUUUAUAUCGAUUUUUGUUGAGUAAAGAACAGAGAAAGAAAUAAAAAAAAACGUCUAAGUGUAAUGAAUGGAUGUGAGAUAAUUAACAUAAAAAGUAACGAUUUUCACAUUAAACGAAGUCAUGGAGCCGAUUAUAAGAAAGUCCGCGGAGCAAUGUACAUCUACAUGCUAAUGAAUAAAAAAAAUUUAAUGUAAACACUCGUGAGAGGUAAAAUACAAAAUGGAGGAAAUACUAAACAUGAAUAAUAUGAUGAAAAAUUAAUCGCGCAUCGAAGCAUUGUAAAUUCGGGCGUGUCGCCUUGUGAUUACGUUUUAUGGAGUUUAGAUCACUACUCGCUAUAUGUAGCUGUUAAAAGAAACAAGAAAAAUGAAAAAACAAAGAUGGUUAAGAAAAUUAUAUACUAUAAGAUAUGUAUUAUUUGACCUAGUAAGAAUUUAUGAUUUGUGGAGAAGUGAAAGAUGAUUUACCAAUCUCAUUUUUUGUAAAUAUUAAUUUAAAUAAAUCCUAUUGUAAAGAU